AUGCGCUCACCGGAAAACUCCCGCGGCGCUAUGCACCCUCCGUCGCAACUGACAGACGCCGAAAUCAUCUCCCUCGCUCAAAACCACCACCACUUCAACCCCGUUUCCUCCCAGCUACCGCCUUUCCUUCUCGAUGAGUCAUCUCACCCAAUUCUCCUCUCCUUCCUCCACUCACGCGCCGCCUCCGCCGACUCCUCCACCGCAGUCUCCGAUUACGUCUCCUCCCUCAUUUCUCUCAUAUCCCACCACCCCUGCGCCGCACUGUCCUCUCUCCUCCCUGCCCUCCUCCACGCCUACCUCUCUCUCUUCACUUCUCGCAAAAUUCCACACGACCGCAACUCCUUAUCAAUCAUCCAGCAAUUCGCGGGCCACCUAGACGCCAUUGAAAUUCGAAAGAUUCCUGAAGUAAUUGAUUUAGUUAUAUCGUAUUUCCCCCAAAUCAGCGAAUUGGAUGAUGCUCAGGUGUUGAUUCUCCUUCCGAAAUGCAUCGAAUUGGUUAGAAUCUCGAGCGAAAUCGAUAAGCCUGUAGAGUACGUGAACUCGGUCUUAGACGCUGUGAUUGAGUGUGAUUGGAGUAAUGUUCUGUUGAUCAAACUAGUGGAGAGUAUAAGGGAUUUUGCGUCGUGUAUUGAUAAAGUUAGGCGGAGGGAGUUCCUGCAAAAGAUUUUUGCGAAAAUGAGGGAAGACGUUGAAAUGCAGGAUUUGCCUGGGCUGGUUUAUCAGCUGUUGGUGCUGGCUGCCAAAGGGUUUGGGAAGAGGGAGGUGAUUGAAGGGAUUGUAUUGUAUUUUGGGGGUGCCAAUAAGGCCGGUUCUGUGAUGAAGCAAGUAGAAGGGACGGUCUUGCUUCAUGUCAAUUUUGCAGUUAAGCAGGAUCCAUCAUUGGGGCAGGAGGUUUUGGGACUGGUGAGGCAGGAUUCUAGGGCUUUCAAUCAUUUUACUGUUACAGUUUUGUUGUCCGUUGCCAGAAUUAGGAGGUUCAGCGAUAGUGCAAUUGACAUUCUGAAAACGGCAUUGUUUAAUGCUUACAAAGAUUAUAAGUUUGCCAAAGUCUGCAGAUGGCUACCCGAUGAACUGAAGGAGGAGUAUCUGGAGAACGCUCGAGUAAUAGAAAAAGCUAUUCUUAAAUCUGUGAAUGGAAGUCACUAUGGAAGAGAGCAUAUAGUACCGAGUAUAGUGCAACUGGGAUUUGGACUGCUUCAUGCAGUAGAAGAGGGAUCCCAGAAAGAAAUAUCAAAAUCUGAUGGUCUUAUGGGUACAGAGGAGCUAGGUACACAAGUACUGAAAUGUCUGUUCGAAGUGCAUGAUAUGUCAAGGAAUGAGAUAAUUGAGCAAUGCAAAUACCAUGUCCUGUCUAUGAAGCCUGAAAAAUCCUUCCCGAUAACAAGAUUACUUGGAUACUUGGUCCAAGUUCAUCCACACCCAAUGUUGGAACACAUAUCUCAUUUGAAAGAAAUGCUGGAUUAUUUCACAUUUAUGGAUAGCAGGAUUUCCUCUAACCUCAUUACUGUUCUACUUCCUCUUAUGAAGUUUAGUCGUAGUCUUCAGGAUUACACUAUCUUGGUUCUAAGGAAGGCUAUGUUCAGACGAGAAAAUUCAGUUCGUCUUGCGGCAUGUAGUGCCAUUUUUGACCUGCUUUCUGCAGAAAAACAAUCAAAACCAGUUGGACUUUUUUCUUUUCAAGAAUCAAGCAGCCAGGCCAGUUGCAGCCAGCAAGCUGAAGAACCUCAUGCUACUAGAGCAGACCUUUUCCAAGAGCUCAGUGGUUUGCUACAACGAUGCCUUUAUCAGCAGGCAAAUGUCCGGGAAAAUGUUUACCAUGGUAUAAUGAAGCUUGUUGUGGUGGAUCCUCUAAGUUCCGGCACCAUUUUUGACCUUUUACUCUCCCACUUCCAGCGAUUUUACAAAGAGAAUGAAGAGCUUCCGUUGGGAAUCGAUCAAUGUGUCAAACUAGAAAAUGGGAAAUUUUGUAUUGAAGAGCCGUUGGACUGCCUUCUCUUUUGUGUCUCUUGGAUUCUCAUUCUUCAACCACAAAAUAGGUCUGAAAAUAGGUCUGAUCAUCCUUCAGAAUCACUCCCUUGUUUUGGCUUCUCCAUCUCCCAGGACAAUGAGGCAGGUAGAAAUUUUUCUGGAGUUUCAUUCUCAAAUGCUUUAGCACAGAUUCGGAAGUUUCUGAGAAACGGGAAUUUGGAAGGUCUGCUGGGCAAGAAGCAAGAUUCAGACUCUACCCCAAUAGAAGAAGAAAAAAGGAAGUGUUCUGCUACACUUUUAUUAGGGAUUCUUGAGGUUGUGAUGAAUAAUAUUGUCAAUGAGUUGGUCAAAGCUGCUAAUGAGCAAAAACUGGAACUGGAAACGGAGCUUUCUCAGUUUGUUGAGAUUCACGAGUUUGUGGACAAAUAUACAUCUAAUUCUAGACAUGGCAGUGGAGCUAAAAAACCAGUGAUACGACCUAGUGCCAGUGAUGCUGCCGAUAAACUUGCUAUAGGCUGCGCAAAGCAGUCUCCAGAUCGAACUCCUCUUUUGGCAACUUCUAGCAUCCAUCAUCUCUUGCGAAUUUCACUAGAGUCAUGGAAACUUGAAAAUUCUAAGAAUGGUGCAGCCUCGCAGAGAAACAGUCAACCUUCUUCUGGAAAGGUGCAGGUUCUUGGUUCGAAAAUUCUUUCUAGAGUCUUACAUAUGUGCUUUCAUCAACUAAAAUUCUUCUCCCAAACGGGAAAGGAUGAUCCAUUCAAGACGUUAGUUUAUGGUGAAAUUAAGCUUAUCGGGCCUCCACUGCUGAAUAUAAUUUUCUCUCUCAAGUCAGUUAGCAAGAAGGAAGCAAAGGUACAGAAAGAUGUUGAAUGUAGAAAGGAAAAUAUUCAUUUGGCCUUGCUAUGUUUGAAAAAGAUAAUUGAGGUAGGUUUGUCCAGCGCAAAGUAUUUAUGUUUGAUUGAUCACUUAGUAUCAACCUCUCUGCCCGAGGAAAAUGUUGCUGCGGGUGACUGGGGCGAUGAUGAAUGCAAGCUAGCUGAAGGAAUUGAUGACCAGAGCACAAAAAGCAAAGAGUUAUUCCUUAAGAGCAUAAAGCCGCUACUUAUUGAGUUUCUCGGCUGCUCUUUUUUCCGUGAAGCCGAGAUUUUAUGUGACAUGGUACUGAUGAUUGGCAAGAAGCUGCCCGAAGAAAGGAGGAAUCUUGUUGGUUCUCUGGCGACACAACUCUGCAGGAGAAGUGAUGUAUCAAACUCAAAGGUUGCAAAAUGUUUGGUCUUCAUUGCUGUCACUUUAACCUCACCUCCAGCGGACAUGGUUAUCGCUGAAAAUAUGGCUUCUGAGCUAGUACAAGUUCUAGGCUCGGAGGAUAUGGAUCCUGUAGAUGAAUCUGAAACCUUUCCUAUCAUAAGAAAAUCAACCAGUGCUGCAAUUUCUACAACUAUAUUGCAGUCAGUUGACUCAUCCAUAGCUGACAUGGACUGGAUUGCGAUAAGGCUAAAGACAUGCUAUAUGGCUACUCAGAAAGGCAUUUCUUUUAAUCAAACUGGAAAAGAGGCUCCUGAAUUAGCAGUGGAAGAGGUAUUGUACUCGAGAGCAGAAGCUGUGGUUAAAGUGCUAUCACAUUUCGUUGCCAUGAACCUGAAGGAUCCUCAAGCAGAACAUUUGCUGAAACUGGCUGCAAAAUUUUACAAGAAUCUAGCUCGGAUCUCAAAGCUCCGGAUCAGUCCUAAAGGGUGCAAGCAAUUCUUACCCAGUUCCAAGUACCAAAGGCUGGUGGAAACAACUUGUCGGAAAUUAACAGCACCUAUUUAUAAUUUUGUUACUAAAAUGCAGCAGAAUCAACAAGAGAGCAACACGAAUAAAGGACUAGUCAACAAAAUCAAGAGGGAAAACAGAUGCAUCCCUGACUUGAUUUUCCAGAUCGAAGACUACGAGAAGUAUCUUAUCCAGCUUAGCAAAAUCACCAAACUCAAUCUGUUGAGACAUGCCAAACGGAGCACCUCUAGGGACUUCAAGAUUGUGGAGUCAACUGAAGAUGCACCGGAGGAGCAAAACCCCAAUCAUGAAGAAGCAGAUUCCCAUCAUUCUACUGCACAUAGUUCAUCUGGGAGCGACAACGAAGGAGAGGGACCUGAUGACACUGAAUGUGUUAGCUCUUUGGCUGCAGGAGAUGGAGCUGAUGGUGGUGAACGUGGUAGCCCUUUGGCUGCAGAUGACACGGAGAAUGAGGAUGAGGAGGAAGCAGCGCUCCGUCGAGUAAAGAGGGCGAGGACGAGCAAAGUAGUGCAAGACUCUGAUGAAGAAGUGUAGCAAAAUGCAGAUUUCUUGUAUGCUAGUACAUGUUUCCUUCAUGUUCGUUUAAUUAACAGCCAAACAGGAAUGUUGCUAGUCGAGCGAUUGUGUAAAUGAAUGAUUGAUAUUAUAUCAUA